UUCCCAAGAAUCUUUGCGCGAAAUGUGUGCCGCUAUUGUCACGGCCAUCUUGAAAUCUGAACUGCUAUCCAAAAAGAUUUGGGGGUUGCUGCGUCUUUCCCAGUCUUGCGGUAGCCUGAGCAAAAGACUUAGUAGCUUCUUGGAAGGAGGUGAUACUGAAGUCAGCUGGUAGUGAAGUAAGUCAGCUAUCCGAUUCGGGCGGAGAAAAAUUGAACGGAGGCGAAUUUUUCAGCUACGCAGAUCUGUGGGGAAGGGUUGGGUUUUUUUUGGCUCCUCCCAUCUGAGUUAGUGAUGUUUCGGUCAGCUAAAACCAACCCUGCUGGGAAAUAGCAACCGAGAGAGACAGAAGAGAAGGGUGGCCCCUGAAGGAGGACGCUGGCGAAAUGAGGGAAUCGUGUCGAAUUUGUGGUCGGGAACUUUGUGGCAAUCAGAGGCGCUGGAUCUUCCACACCGCAACUAAAUUGAAUUUCCAGGUUUUGCUCUCGCAUGUUCUAGGCAAGGAAAUCUCACGUGAUGGCAAAAACGAGUUUAUCUGUAGCAAGUGUGCCUUUAUGUUGGAGCGCAUAUAUCGCUUUGAUACUGUUAUUGCGCGCAUCGAGGCGCUGUCAAUUGAACGAUUGCAGAAACUAAUGCUAGAAAAGGACCGCCUCAAGCUGUGUAUCGCCGAAACAUACAGGAAGAAUAAUGACGAACCCACCGACGAGACGACGGAUGUAUCCAGCCUGCCGGAUCUGCGCUACUCGACUCUCCUCCAGGAAGACUUCGCUUAUUCAGGGUUUGAAUGCUGGACAGAGCCGGAUGAACGCGUUGGAGACCCACAAGCGUGCCACGGUGCAGAAAGCCGUCCUAGGCGGUGUCGGGGUUGCGCUGUGCUGCGUGUUGCUGAUGCUGAUUAUGAGGCAAUUUGCAAAAUCCCACGAAAAGUGGCAAGAAAUCUCUCCAGGUGUUCUGCCAACGUUUGUAGUGAAGAGUUACUUAUAUGUGAGCCAGUAAUUACUGACUUGCUAAACGUCAAGGCGCCUUUGAAUGAAGAAAGAGUGGAAGGAGAAACUUCCGAAUUGUCCCUUGAAUCGUUGGAUGCAACCGCGAUCGCUGAUGCAUUACAUCCAAAAGAGGAGGAAACGGGCACAGAGUCAAAGAGAAACCCGACGUGUAACUGUAUAAGUGAUUGUGGAAUACAAAGCUUGUCACUUCAAGGCAGCAGGUUAGAGGUAGCCCUUAAUUUGGUGAAAGCUUUUGACUGCAAGCCAGUCCAGAGUCCCAGAGGGAGUAAGUUACCUAUUCCUGUAAAAUCAAGUUCUCAUUGCCAGAACUUCGAUAAAAACUCUUCUUCUGGCUUCCCAGAUGUGGUGCUGAAAUCUCAACCUGGCUUUGCCUUAGCUUUUGCCUUGGAGAUGUCCGAUCUGCAGGAAUUGUGGGAAGAUUUAUGUAUGGAUUAUGUUCCACUUCGAACUAAGAAUAUGUUUGAGGCUAAUCAGCAGCUAACUUACUGUGACAUGUCAUUCAGCGAAGAGGAAAUUGUAUUGAAUGAUACAGAACAUAUGGAAAAAACCAGCUCUUUAAAUGCUAUAAAUAAGCAGCUCCAAGACAAAAUGAAUGAAAUGGAUUUUGAACGGAAAUCUCUCCAGCAUGCAUCCAAGAAACAGGAUCACAUAAUCCAGAAAUUGAAAGAGAUGUUAAAGAGCAAGGAAAAUGAGUGUGAAGAACUAAAUCAUGUAAUUCAUAACCAGAAUGAGAAAAUAGUCAAACUGCAAGACAUGCUACAAAAGAACCAGCUUGGGCAAUUACAGAACUUAGAGGGCUGUUCUUCAUUACAACAGAAACAAAAGAUAGCAUUUCUUGAUGUACAGAAUGCUCUUUUCUUCACUCAGUUGGAAAUGCAGCAAUUGAAAUAUGCCACGCAGCAAAAGGAUCGGCAGUUGGCUGAAGCUAAAAGGACCAACCACUUUCUAGAGACAGCAUUGCAAGAAGAACAGCUACAAAAAGAAGCAGCUUGGAGAUAUAAUAAGGAAUUCUUUGCUACUCUUCAGCACUUAAAAACAAAUCUACAGAACAAGAGCAUGCAAUGUUGUACUUUAGAAAAGGGAACAUCUUUGAGGAUGCACAGACAAGACCAGAAAAUUAAGGAUUUGACAUACAGUUUAGCCUGCAAAGAAUGGCUUCUACAGGAAUCUAAGGAUCUUUUAGAGUAUCAUCAGAAUUUGGACAAAAAUUCUACAACUCCUGAUAAAAUAGUACAGAAAUUGCAACAACUAAUUAAAGACAAAGAUGCUGCCCUGGAGCAAGCCAUAGGGGAGAAGUUCUCUGCACUUGAAGACAGAGAACAGGAACUGAACCAGCUUUAUUUGUCCAUAAAAGAACAAGAUUGUGAUCUGAAAGGUCUACAUCAAGUUAUUUCUGGCAACAAAGCUACCAUCCAGUGUUUAGAGAGCUUGCUAAAAGCCAAGGACCUGGAACUGGAGAAGAUGUUAGCAGCCAACCAGAAUUUGCAAUGGCUGAUCAAGAAUAUAGAAGCAAAAUCUCAGAAAUGGCAAUCUGAACAAGAAAGGAUUAUCCAGAAGCUUCAUGACAGAAACAAAGAAGUAGAGACCCUUUCAGCAACACUGCUCUGCAAUUUGGAGCCUGGACAGAGGGACACCAUAGAAGCCCUCCACCUCCACCUUCAGCAAAAAGAUCAGAUCAUAAAAGAAUUCCUAUGGGAGAAGAGCCAGCAAGUUGUAGACCCAGUAGCUGAGCUUGAGGAGUUACUUCAAGCAUGGAACACUAGAGAACAACAAAGUUAUAUAUAUUCCAAGAAGAUUGCACAGGUACUUACAGAGAAGAAUUCUGAGCUGCAAAUCCUGAAUCAGCAACUGAUUAGUCAAAUUCUUCAUCAGAAAAUGGAGUUGUCUAUUGUUCAGUUUGUACAACAAGAGGGCUCUAUUGAUGUACCAAGGCAAGAGGAUUCUACCAUGAAUAUCCCAGCCAUGAUUUCUAAUAGAGAUGAUAGUAAAUCCAGGAGGGAUAAAGAUGAUUUGCAAACAACUGCUAGACUUGAGAGGGAGCUUACUAAAGCAAAAGAGGAUCUUGAAUUGUUGACACAAAAAGAAAGAGAAAGCACGUUGAAACUCUCUACUCUUCAGUCUGUGGUAGCUUCCCAAGAGGAGGAGCUUCAAGUUCAAUCCUCUGAUAUUGAAUCUCUUACUAGAAGUACCCAGAUCAAAGAAGAACUAAUUAAGGACUUGCAGAUGCAAUUGAUUGACCCUGAAGAAAUACCAGCAAUUGAACGACUUACUCAAGAAGUUUUGAUGCUUCAGGAAAAGGUAGCAAAAAUGGAAGCACAGGGACAGGAAGCCAUAAGAGACAAGAGGCAGCAGCUACUGGUGAUGUUGGAGGGCUUAGUAGCAGAGAAGAAGCAGCUGAAUGAAACUCUGAAAGUAGAAAAGCAACUGUAUUGCAAUUUGGUGAAGUUUCAUGCUCACCCUGGCAGACAAGAACAGAUCCUUCAAGUAGAACUGGAGAAGAUCCAGGCACUUCAUGGACAACUAGAAAGGGUCCUUGGAAAAAGCCAGGAGCGCCUGAGCAGGCUGGAAUCAUUGGACAGCAUAGGAGAUCUAACUGCAACUGAUGAUACUAAAGAUAUCAGCGCUGAGUUUACAGAUAGCAUUGAAGAGGAAGUACAGAAUGGCUCUCACCUACAGAAUGUUAAGAAGGAUAUUGAUGACAAUCUGAUGAGUCAUUCCAGUUAUCCUGCUCUACUGACUUUGAAGAGUGAAGGCAACCAGCAAGUGAUGCUUCAGUCUCUGAAAUCUAUGGUUCAGCAUGUUUUGGAACAAAAAAAGAAACUAGAAGAAGAGCUGCAGGAGUUUAAAGAGCAGAUUGAGGAAGCUGGGUUCUCUUCCAUUUCUCAGCUAAAGAAGGCUCUGCUUAGUCUAUGUCUAGAGAAUGCAGAACUCAAGGAACAAAUUGGAGAAGCAAAGUUGUCAGAAGUUUGGGAGAAAAAGGAGGAAAAGAAAGAUAAAGAGGACUUGAGGCAGUGUAUCAAGAAACUGCAAGAGAAACUGUACACUUCAGAUAUUGUGAUUGGCCUCCUUAAAGAACAAUUGACUCUAAAAAACCAAGGAUGUAAAGGUGCCAUCAUUCACCAAAUGACACCUAACACAGCUCUGAUAAAUGAGCAAGAGCAGUGCACUUGCCAUGCUGUCUGUGACCAUUCAUCGUUGUUGCAUUGCUCACCCAAUCAAAUUAUGGGCAAUCCAGAAGAAACCCAGGCUGAAGGAGACAGAGGAUCAAGUAAUUUUGGUCAGAAGUCCGAACAUCCCCCGUGGAGGCAACAGUGUCACAAAUUACAAGACAGACUCUUGGUGUCAGAAGCCACCAUCCAGGCACAGAUAGCCCAGCUCAAACUAUACAAAGCUCUACUCAGUGAACCUGUGGUACAGCAGGAUAACAAGCAGAUGCAGGUGGAUAUGCAAGACCUGGGCUACGAAACCUGUGGGAGAAGUGAAACUGAGGCUGAAAGGGAUGAGGCUACAAGCCCUGAAUGCAGAGAUCAUGAUGAGCAACUAAAGUUUUGGAAGAAAUCACUGGAGGCCCCUCUAAAAAGAGUGGUGAAACAGGAAGCAUGGGUCAGCCAAAGUGAUGCUGCUGCAGUUCUCCAUCGGCAUAUUCAGGUCCUCCAGAUGCAAUUGCAAAGUUCCCAAAAAAUUAUCCAGAACUUACAAAGUUGUGUGCACUCUAUAUCCACUAUCAGUGACUAUGGUUCUAUGGGAGAUCAGUCAUUCAAACUGAAGCAAGGCAAUUCUCCUUCCCACAGUAUGACUGAUGAAGAUGAAGCCUGGCAAUCUGAUAGCUUUGGGACUUUCUGCCCACCAAGUCUCCAGCCCAACAAAGAUUUUUCCAGACUUAUACAGAGAAUAUCCUUGCUGGAAGCUUAUCUGAAUGAGACUAAGCCAAAGGAAUUUUUGCCACAGGAAUUGAAAUGUACAGCCUCCUUGGGGAAAUAUGACUCACUAAUCCAAGCUCAAGCUCGGGAGCUCUCCCAUCUGCGCCAGCUGAUACGAGAGGGACAAAAGAUGUGUCAUAUGCUAAACAAAUACUUCAAGGACACCAUCAAAUCCUUUGAAGAGCUUCUACGGAGCACUGACAUUGACUACUACUUGGGGCAGAGCUUCCGUAAACAACUUGCAGAAGGGAACCAGUUGGCAGACCAGUUGGCCAGAAAACUGAAUCAAGGGAAUGAUCUAAACAUGGAGGACAAAACAAGUCCAGAAUUGCUUAUGAGGAUGAACAAGGAGCUGCAGAAGAAACAAUCCAUCAAGGCACUCCACGCAAAACUACAAGAGUGCUCAGUGACCUCUUCCAAUAGCCAUAUUAUAUCUGAGUCUCCCUACUCUCAUAGCAACAUCUCCUUCCUCUCUGAUGGUCCAGGGGUCUGCUCUGAUGCGGAUGACUUUAGUGAGAAUAAUAUAAGUGAAGGCCAAGUCUACAAUGUUCUAAACAAAGGUGGCCCAAUUGUCUCCUCCAAAAACAGCUCUCAUGUUUGCCACCAUGUUCCUCACUUAUUUCAUGUGCAAAAUACUGCUGAUUGGAACACUAACUCUAAGGAACAAUUGGAGGAGAGCUGUAUUCCUCCAUGUACUCAUCCAUUUAGGCAGCUUCAGGAGGAGCUUGUCUCUGCAUCAUGUUGUCCACCAGCCCUUCCUACCCAGAAACCCUCAGGUGCUGAUUUUCUAGAGGAACACAUGUUUGAGAUCCAAACUCUCUGCCAGCGUCUAGAGAAGUCCAUCUAUACCAAUGACCUUUUGCGGGAACAAUUGGAAAUAUAUCUCACCUCAAUGGCAAAGAGCAAUGAGUUAGAGCACCUGCAGAAGGCUCAGCUUGAGUUACAUUCAAAACUCCAAGAUGGCAAGAUGAAGCUGGAAUGGCAGCGGAUUGAGCGGCAGCAACUACAGGAAGACAUUCAGAGCAAGCAACAAGAUCUUGUACAGCUUCAAAAGGAGGUCAUGGCUUUACAAAUGAACAAUUCUAGGCUUCAACACAGAAUGAUAAUGCUUCAGCAGCAGUGUAAAGAAAACAGAACACUCUUCCAGACCCAGCAAGCUGAAUUAUGUGUCUAUGAAGCACAGCAUGGACCACUGCAAAAGGCAGUCUCUGGGACGCAUAAGCUGCUGCUGACAGAAGAUGUGAAGAACCAAGGAAUUCAUGUCAUAGGAUACCUUCAGGACUAUAAUACUCUUAAGAAACAGAUUUUGGAUGCUAAGACUUGGAUCCACCAAAUGGCAUCACUUCUGCGGUCUGACCUGAAACCACAGGACAACAUGGUAACUGGGAAGAUUUUCUGCCAAAAAAACAUCAAGAAAUUACUUGUCCAUACCAGUACUUUGCAUCAGAUCCUGGAGAAGUCAACUUCCCUCCUUACAAUGUUUUGGAGAGCACCACCUCCCAUGCCUCUCAGCUCAGCUCAAAUAAGGCAACACACAAAGGAUCAGACAGUAGAUGAAGAAAUCCAAAUACUUAGAGCCAAGUUGGCUGUGCAAGAGAAUCAUGUGCAGAGUGCUAACCAUAUUAAAGGAAAUUUGGAGAACUUUAUUCUCACUCACUUGACUGGAACAUACAAUGUGCUGAAGAAAGCAAGAAUCAACCUGGAGGAGAUGUCUCAGCAGCCUAAAACCAUUUCUUCCAUUGGCCAUUGAAGAAACUGAUUCAUCCACACAGUCAGAAAUAUGGAGAAAGAAAAAUAGAUCCAACAGUCACUCCUAAUCCACCUAAGCUUUUUCAAAUCAUCUCUUCAUAUGCUCUGCUGUUGGACUCUGGAAAAUGUAUUUGGAAAUGCUCCAAACAUUAGUGCAAUACAAUAACUGGACUAAAGUUAUAUAUAUGGAGUGCACAAAUACACAGAGAGACUAGACUAUAGCCAACAUGUUAUUGUUAAGAGAAAAGGAUGCUGUAAGAAUAGCAUCCUCAGAGAAGUAUCUUAGUAUUUGUAUGGUGCAAGAGUCUGUUUAUGCUAUUAGGAUUAAUGAUCAUGCAUUAUCAUUACUAUGGUUGAUUGUACAAUCAGCCAGAUAUUUAGAUUGAAUUUGGCAUUUGAGCCCUUCACAAGGACAAGAAAAUUAGAUGUAAUUGUUUCAUGGUAUUAAAAAGUAUCAUUGCAGGAUGGAUGUAAGCUCUUUCCAGUAAAGUUGCCUUUUGCAAUUGAGUAAUGAUGAUUUUGUCAGUGCUGAUGGUAUACAAAUAGUGCUCCAGGUGUUUGAGAUUGUACCCAAUUAUUGCAACUACCUUGCUUCAAAGGAAUAUGACCUUGAUGCAUUCUUGGCAAGGGAGACGUUGUCAGCCCGACAAUAAGACACACUUAUUGGAUGGAUUUUUUUUUUAACAUCUGAAUUCCCACAUUUUUAAAAAAACAUCCUAUCUGCAAUUUACAGGUGAUGGAAAUUGGUUCAUGAAUGGCAUCUUAUUCUCAGUAUAAACAGGGGUGUACUGCCUCCUAAAGAAACAAACUUUUCAUAUUAUUGCAAACACUGCCAUUCUCUUGAUAUUUUAAGAGACUUUCAAUGUGAGUUUUAGGCCUGAAAUUGGUUUGGAGGCUUUAAGAUAUAAUCUGGAGGAGGAAAACC